AACAAAACUCAUGCUGGAUCGGAUUCUGCCGUUCAUCUCGAAGUGGUUCUUCCCUCGUCCCGCGAGCGUGAUGGAGGUCGAGCAGCCGCCGCCCGAGCAGCCGGGCGAGAAGCUGGCGCACAACCGCCGCGGGACCGACGAGGCGCUGACCGAACACGACAUCAUGGAGAUGGCCGAGCGGAAGAUUGAGGAGGAGCACGGCAGCUGGCUGCCUGGAGUCAUCCGCUGGAACCCCACCUCCUUCAAGCACCUGCGGGAGGCAGAGAGGAACAUCUUGCAAUUCGUGAGCACGCCGCACCGCGCCUUCUACGUGGACAUCGGCCCGGUGGUGGGGCGCCACUCCAACAAGCUGUGGACAGUGGCCUUCAACGAGGCGUCGCCGGAGACGCCGCUGGUGAUGGUGCACGGCUUCGCUUCGGGCGUCGGCCUCUGGUGCCUCAACUACGACGCGCUCGCCGCCGACCGGCCCGUCUACGCCUUCGACAGCCUGGGGUUCGGCCGCUCCUCCAGGCCCACGUUCAGCAAGGAGGCGGACGAGGUUGAGCUGCAGUUUGUCAAGGCGAUCGAGGCGUGGCGCCGCGAGAUGAACAUCGACCGCAUGAUCCUGCUGGGCCACUCGCUCGGCGGCUACCUGAGCUGCGCCUACGCGCUGCGUCACCCUGAGCGGCUGGAGCACCUGGUGCUGGCGGACCCGUGGGGCUUCUCCGAACGGAUCUCCAACCAGGCGCACCGGCCGCAGAUCCCGCUGUGGGUGCGCGCCGUGCUGGCCGCCGUGAAGGUCAUGAACCCGCUGUCUGUGCUGCGCCUGGGCGGACCCUGGGGUUCGACGUUGAUCGCCAAGGCGCGGCCCGACCUGAUGAAGAAGUUCUCCUCGCUGGUCAACAGUCCGCCCGGCACCAACUACAUGGCCAACUACAUCUACCACUGCAACGCCCAGACCCCCAGCGGGGAGGUGGCCUUCCACACGCUGAGCUGUGACCUGGGCUGGGCGCGCAACCCGAUGAUCCGGCGCGUGCGGCGCGUCGACGCGUCGGUGCCGAUGACGGCCAUCUACGGCUCGCGCUCCUGGAUCGACGACUGCGGCCAGAAGAUCCGCGGCGAGCGCCCCAACAGCUACGUGGAUGUGGAGACGAUCCUGGGCGCGUCACACCACGUGUACGCCGACCGGCCGGAGGCGUUCAACGAGCUGGUGCUGGGGGCCUGCGGCUUCUCCCGACGCCGGCUGGAGGCCGAGGGCGCGCCGGCCGGCUUCUUCCUGCGCGGCGACGACGAGGAGGGGGGUUUGCCGAUGCCCGUGCGUGAAGGUAGCGGUGUCGACGGCGGCGGCACAGGCAAGCCCAACUCAGGGCAACCGUGGAGGCGUGUACCCAGUGAGGCGUGA